GUCACACAUUAGAGCCGCGCAUGUAGGUCAAGCUGUCUGCGUAGGGUCCUGUUUGCGUGGCUUUGGCAUGUGCACCCGGCGCCCAGCGCCCGAGCGCAAUUCAAGUGGUUAAGACGCCUCAGAACGCGUAAUUGAAUGCAUGUGUCAUUCUGGAAGGGUGUAUAGAGCGGUCGAGCGGAAGGCUGUCCAGCUCGCGUGCAAGCAAUUGUCUCGCGACGCCCGCUCCCGACGAGUGCGACCGCCCGCGACCGGGUUCGCUGGUGCAAGUGGCUUCAUUAGCGAGGUUUCGGGCUGGCUGCGGGCCAAUGCGAGCGCUGGGCGCAGAGAAAAAGGCGACGUACGGCGAUGAAGGCUCCAGGGCGGAUGGGCGAGGGGCAACCGGGAUAAAUGGUCCUCCUUUCCCCAAGGCCCGCUACACUCUUGACCUUGCUCACGUAGUGUCCUUCGUCGCCACUCACAACCUUCAAAAAUGGCCAUGGCUAUGCGCUCCACCUUCGCCGCCCGCGUUGGCGCUAAGCCCGCUGUCCGCGGUGCUCGCCCCGCCAGCCGCAUGAGCUGCAUGGCCUACAAGGUCACCCUGAAGACCCCUUCGGGCGACAAGACCAUUGAGUGCCCCGCUGACACCUACAUCCUGGACGCUGCUGAGGAGGCCGGCCUGGACCUGCCCUACUCUUGCCGCGCUGGUGCUUGCUCCAGCUGCGCCGGCAAGGUCGCUGCCGGCACCGUCGACCAGUCGGACCAGUCCUUCCUGGACGAUGCCCAGAUGGGCAACGGCUUCGUGCUGACCUGCGUGGCCUACCCCACCUCGGACUGCACCAUCCAGACCCACCAGGAGGAGGCCCUGUACUAAGCGCUUUCGCCAUCUGCGGGGGUCGUAGGCUAGAACUGGGGUUGGGGAUCGGGCUGCUUGCAUAGCCAAGCAAUUUUCCAUCUGGCCAGCAAUGGCCUAGCACUAUGAGCGGUUCAAGUGUCUCUUGUGUGUUGUGUCGCAUUGCAUGGCCGUGGUGACCUGCAAUUUUCUGUAACCGGACAUGCAG